AUGCUGUCACCAAAAGAGCUGGCGGAUUGUACGCUGCAGGUCUCACCAUCUGGCCAGUACCUGGAUCUUGAUCUGUCCCUGCUGGAGCAGAAAGAUGAGCUGGAAGGAUUCUACGAGGAGAUCAGCAAAGGGCGGCGGCCAACUCUGAUCCUGCGCACGCAGCUCUCCGUCCGAGUCCAUGUCAUCCUCGAGAAGCUGUACAACUCCCACGGGCCGGAGCUGAGGCGGUCCCUCUUCUCCCUCAAGCAGCUCUUUCAG